AUGUUCGCCCUGUGGAAGGUCGCGCUCUCCGAGACCCUGCUGGGCUAUAUUUCUUGGUCUCUUUACCAUGCCCUGCCACCGAUGAUCUAUUACUUCCCCCUUCAGACACUGGCACUCACCGGUUUAGAGAUUUCUGCUGUUGCGUUCCUUUCGCCAGUGUUCUUGGUAAUUGGUCCUUUUUGGAAGCUGGCUAGCAACAAGUAUAUCCUAGCCCUUCUGAGGCUGACUACAGUUGGAAGCUUAGCAUCAUAUCAAGCACCAAGUGCUUCAGCUAGACUAUUCAUCUUGGCUGCAGGUGUUUCUUCCUCAUUGCUGGUUCAGACAGUAACAUGGUGGUCAGGAAACAGUUUACAAAGGUUCAUCAGGAUAUGGGGCUUCAUUCUAGGCAAGAUAAUGCUACUUGUUCUUCGAAUCUGGUAUACAUCUCUAAACCCAGUCUGGAGCUCACAAGCUGCCAACACUGUUGUGCUGACCCUUGGUUUUAUAGCAACAGUGGAGCAAAUUUAUUCAGGUGGAGACAGGAAGAAACAAGAAACAAGUAAUAUAACCGGUAAUGCAGUUAGAGGGACUGUUCCCCAGUUGAACUGGCUUUCUUCAGGAUUUGCUUUUGGCAGCCUCAUGUUCCUCACUGUGUGGAUAUUUGGGGAGGUCUCGCUGGUUUCUAGAUGGGCAGUGAGUGGGCAUCCACAUACCGGUCCAGAGCCUAAUCCGUAUGGAGGUAUAAUUCUGUUGGGACUGGCUCAUGGAUUGAUGCUUUCAUUUUGGAGUUGGUCUUUUCUUACCAGUUUUGCCUGGUUUCUUAUAGGUGUAACAUCCUCGGCCGGUCUCCUUUAUUUGCAGACCUGGAGUGCUGCUGUUGCGGGCAGCGUUCUUGCUGUCUUCACGAUGAGCGUGUGGCCUCAGCUGGCCGGACGCUUUAUCCAUUGUCCACAUCCCGGGAAAGCCAUGACUACAGCCAUGUUGGCCUACGUUCUUGAGUUAUUCUUCUGUGUGUGGUGUACUGCUUAUAAAUUUGUACCCGGAGGAAUUUAUGCUAGAGAAAGAUCCCACUUUCUUUUAGGGUUUCUCAUGUUAUGUAUUGGGGUAGACAUUUUAACAGGAUCCAAGAAAGAUCUUAGUUCUGUCUUUGAAGCAAAAAGCAACCAAAAGCCACUAUUCAAAAAGAGUAGGAAAUAUAUUCAAUUAUUGUUGUGGCUGUUGGUUGGUGUUGGUUUGCUGGGACUGGGUCUACGCUAUAAAAGUUACAAGCAGAAGCUGGGACGGGGGCCUCCUAAAAGAGACUUCUCUGCUAUGAUCUGGCCUUUUCGAUUUGCAUAUGACAAUGAGGGAUGGUCUAAUUUGGAAGGAUCAGCUAAUUUGCUUAAUCAGACAGGUGCAGAUUUUAUCACUAUUCUGGAGAGCGAUGCUUCUAAACCAUUCAUUGGGAACAAUGAUCCAACAAUGUGGCUUGGUGAAAGACUAGGGUUUUACACAGAUUUUGGUCCAAGCACAAGAGAUCACACUUGGGGGAUUAUGGCACUAUCAAGGUAUCCAAUUGUAAAGUCUACCCAUCACCUCCUGCCAUCUCCAGAGGGAGAGAUUGCACCUGCCAUCUCCAUGACUGUCAACUUCACAGGGAAACUGGUCGACUUCGUUGUCGCUCACUUUGGAAAUGAAGAAGAGGACUUGGACCGAAAACUGCAGGCUAUAGCUGUUUCAAAGCUAUUGAAGACCAGCUCUAAGCAAGUUGUGUUUCUGGGAUACAUCACUUCAGCUCCUGGAUCCAGAGAUUAUACUGAAUUAAUAGAAAAUGGAAAUGUCCAGGAUAUUGACAGUACAGACCUGGAUAGAUGGUGUAGCUAUAUUAUGUACCGUGGAGUAAUCAGGUUGGGCUAUGCCCGAAUAUCUCAUGCUGGUCUAAGUGAUUCAGAAGUCCAGAUGGCCAAAUUUAGGAUCCCAGAUGACUUGGAUAAUUAUGUUGAUAAUGACAGAAUUGUCAUUGAUCCCAACCAAAUUCCUGAGGACAUACAUUUCAAUCCCAGGUUUGGAUCUUAUAAAGAUGGACAUAAUUAUGAGCAUAUUCAUCAUUUUCAUAUGAGCACUCCUAAAUAUUUUAAACAGACAAAUUAGAAUGAGAAAAUAAUGUACCACUGGGACCAAAAAGAAAGGUUUGUUGCUUGAAUCUGAAUCGCCAGCCAARAAAAUUACGCAGUGUAAGGAUGAGGAUUUGCUCUGCUCUACAACACGGUGAAUGUCUGCGCAGUAGCUGCUUCCUAACUAGUGAGUGGUCACUACUGUGAGACAGGGAAGGUGCCCGUUUGAUAAACUGGUAUCUACCAGGGACAGUUACCUGCUUGGUAUGUAGCAAAGGGAGGGUGGGACUUGCUGGGGCAAAUUGCUGCUUCACUUUAGCAGGGACUACCUGUGUUGUUCUGUUUCAAAGUUGAAAAUAUGUAAAAUAUCUAUCCAUAAAAUAUCUAUGMAUUCUAGGAGCUCAGUGGAUUAAUCAUGAGCGGGGAUUGGAGCCUUUUUCUGUGCUUUUUUAGACUUGAACAAAGCAAAGGGGUUGGAUGUUACACUUAGUACUCUGGUUGCUAUUGUGAUAACACAUGUAUAGCUUGUUUGUUUUUUUUU